AAGAAUAAGAAGAAUUGAGUUGUCCUUUGCACCCUUCAAUCGUUGAUCAAGCAUUUUUUCAAGUUUGGGCAGAGUUGUGGUUACAAAAACACACAGAACUUGACAGCCAGUCACUGCUGGGUUUCUUUAAUCAGAGCCUGUAACUCUCUAACCCCAUCCUUCCUUUCCCUAACACUGAUGAGACAGUCCAAUCACAAACAGGCUAAGUGAGGCUAGGAAGGUGGGGCUUAGCAUUUAAACAGGGUGUGGUUCUGAAACUAGCAAGGUCUGUAGUGCCUUGGAGUUUAAAUUGCGUUGAAUGAUUCCAGUCCCAUACUUAUCAUAGUUGGCCUCACGCUUUUACUCAUCUCCUUCUUGCUUGCUCUCUCAGUCUGUCUACAUUUGUUACCUGUAGGACUUUCAGCUCUUGUUGGACUCUUAGUAAAAAUCAUAGACACUGGAGACUACCAUCCACGGACUAGCUUUGCAUGUAUCCUGUUUUCACCUGAUCACCUUCACAAGUGUUUUUUUAUUUUUUUAAUCUGUCCAAUCCUCUGAUUUGAAGUGCGCCUGCCCUGGCUGUGUAGUGGCUUUCCCCACAACCGAGCGUUUAUUAGGACAAAACACAAGCAGUCACCAUGCUGCAGGACGCUGUAUCAAACAUUAUAAAAUACCACAAUUCUCUACGGUUGAGGACUGAUGCUCGAAUCAGAGACUUCCCACUGAUGCAGAGCCCAAUACCGAUGACCUCCAUCCUGUUGGCCUAUGUCUUCUUCUCAGUGUACGCUGGACCUCGCCUAAUGGCAAACCGCAAGCCCUUCCGUCUCAAGACAGCCAUGAUUGUCUACAACCUCAGCAUGAUUUUACUGAACGCCUACUUGGUGUAUGAGUUCUUGAUGUCUGGAUGGGGCACCACCUAUACGUGGAGAUGUGACCUUAUUGAUACCUCAAAUUCCCCGGAGGCUUUAAGAAUGGUUAAUGUGACUUGGUGGUUUUACUUUUCAAAAUUCACUGAACUCCUCGACACAGUAUUCUUUGUCUUGAGGAAGAAACCAGAUCAGAUCACAUUUCUCCAUGUAUUCCAUCACUCCUUCACGCCCUGGUGCUGGUGGUGGGGCAUCACCUUGACCCCUGUUGCCGGAAUGGGCUCUUUCCAUGCCUUGGUGAAUUCAGCUGUCCAUGUUAUUAUGUACUUCUACUACGGACUCUCUGCUGCAGGACCUCGCUUCAAGAAAUACCUGUGGUGGAAAAAGUACUUGACUGCCAUCCAGCUUUCACAGUUCAUUCUGGUCUCCAUUCACAUCAGCCAGUACUACUUCAUGGAGAAGUGUGACUACCAGGUUCCCCUUUGGAUCCCUCUCAUUUGGCUGGGUUGUGUCCUUUUCUUCUUCCUCUUCUCCAACUUUUACAUAGAGGCCUACAUAAAGGGUAAGCGGCUCCCUGCCUCAGAGGACAAACCAAAACUGAACGGCUCAGCCAGUGAACAUUUCACUGUGGUGGCCAAUUGGAAGCACCUAUAGGAUGGGAAUGUACACCACCACACCAAUGGUAAAAUCGUCAUGGGAAAAGUAAAAGAAAUCUAACUUGGUAAUUCUGGAACCGAGAUGGCUCUUUAGAGCUACCUAUGAAUAUGUUGUUCAUAUCUCAAAGCAUAAUGUGAAGGGCACAGAUUUCAAUAUGCUGCUUCUACUCUUCAUAAUUUCGGUAUAAACUGAGUUUUCCUUGUGCACACUUGUUGGGAUAUGAAUGCCAUGUUAUGUUUUUCCAGUGAUCUCUACUUGUCACAUUGUGUUUGUUAGUUGCGUUGCGAAAACUAUUAACUAUGAUGAACACUGUAUGAAGAUUGGUGCUCUGAAUAUCACUGCAGAAUGUACUGAUUGAUAAACCUACCAGUGUUUUUACUGUAUUUGUUGAUUAAAUAUAUGCACCGAUGACAGGAGAGAUGGUCUUGGUUGGAAGCACUGCCAGCCUUUUUAAACUUGAUCUGAUAUUUGCCAGGAUAAUUCCAGGAUCUGUUUUAUGUUACAACUAAUCCUCAUAAUGUUCAAUGGAUUCACUUGAUUCUUACUUAAACAGAAGUAGUGUUUUGUAAUUUCUUUUCCCGUUUCCAAAUGUUUCAACCAAAAAGCCAUUAAUCAAUU